AUGAGCGGCCGUGGGGGAGGUGGAGGAGGGGGGCGAGGGGCAGCAGCGCCAGGUCGUGGAGCAGGAGGAGGUGGGGCUGGAGGAGCCGCCGGUGGAGGGGCCGGCGAUGAUGAUCCUUCAACAUCCAGUGCGCAGGAACGCUUCUUUGAAGAAGUGAAGGACAAGAUCGACCAGAGUAUCACCCACGAGGGAGGUGGUGUGAAAGGCCGGCUCCCGUGUGACAACCCGCUCGUGCGUCCGAAAUGUGCCACUUUUCAGCCAUCACCAGGUACGCCAGAGGAGUUUUUUUUUUUUGGGGGGGGGUAAAUAGCUGCCCAUCUAUCUUUAUUUUCAGAUUAAAUCGUCCAGGGAAAAUACAUCCCAUCCCCCGGUAGGCUAUUUUUUUUGUCUCGCGUGCCUGAUGUUCUGACACAUCUACCUCACAUCUACGCGCGCCCAGACCUACCGAAACUCGACCGGUUUUAUCAGAAGGCGGUAUUGGUAUGGAUACCGGAGUUCUUGUUCCCAGAGCUCCAGGCAGUUCCUUGUCCAGGAUGUGGGGGCAAGGGCGCACCUGAUGGCUGGAACCCCAGGGGGCCACGCCGGGUGCACGACGUGGCGUACGUGAUGGGGUUUCGGUAAGUUCAGCAUGCGAAGAAGAGUGUUCGCUCGAUAAACUUCAUCAGUC